UGGCCGCUGCAUCGUUGAGCCUGAACGACGCGUUUCUCUCACAGCAAACAUUGCGUAGCCGCCGCGUAUCCCUCUCAGUCACUCAGUCAGUUUGAUUAGACGCGUGAAGUGUGCCGAGUGCAGCGCAUCAUUUGCAUGACCUGCAUUUGCUGAUUAACAACAAAUUUAAUUAUCAGAUGGGCAUUGCGCAAGCACAGAAAACUGUUGCCUACUUGCGAGGGCAGCUGUGAAGUGCGUAAUAAAAAUAACACGAGCAACAGCCCGCAGCAGCGCAGCUAACUGCAGUACUCGUACGAAAAUAAACUACAGCUACAACAUAUACAAAAUAAAUAAUAAAAGAAAAAAAUAAAUAAACAAGAGGAAGAAGAAGAAGAAGCUGUAAGACAAACAACGAAAAGAACUGUGAACUGUGUCCUCUGUGUGUGUGUGUGUGCGAAGGUUGUUUAUUUUGUGUGCAAAGCGCAGCAGAAUGCGCCACUAAGUGCAAGUGAAAUCCACAAAGGACGACGCCCAGGCACCGGCAGCGGAAACGGAAACGAGAACAACAUGCCACGACUUAUUAGCAGCUGCAGCAGCCACCAGCGGGCCAUCAGCAUGACGCGCAUCAAUUGUCUGUGGCUCGCCCUGCUGCUCGGCCAUAGCUGCAACAUCUUUGGAUUACUGCGACUCGAACAGCACCUGGUCGAGGCACUGCCCUUCGAGUAUUUGGAUGAGCACGUGGAUGACUUCAACUACGACCUGGACGAGGCACAAUCGCAGGCCAAAUACGAUGCUCGACUGCUGUCCGAGCAAAUGCUGAGCGACGCUGAGCUGCAGCAGAGAGCCGACAUGGAAUCCGGCAUUAACUCCAAUUCCAAUACCAACACCAACACCAACGGCAACAACAACAACAACCAAAACAGCUUCAGUGCCAACUCCAACAACGACUUGGCGGCUGAGGACGACUUGGAGCCGCAUAGUCGAGCAGCGUCAUGCUUCACAAAUGGCCACAAGUACACACACGGACAAAAGGUGCCGCGUUUUGAUGCCUGCGAGGUUUGCCUUUGCAUGGACGGCGAAAUCUUUUGCUGGUGGGAGAAAUGCGAUAAGACGAAUGUAAACAGAGCAGCAACGGCGACAGCAACGGCGACAGCAAUGGCGACAGCGACAGCGACGAUGACGACAGCUACUGCAGCUGCUGCUGGCGACUAUUCGGAUCCAUAUCGGUACGAGACCACAACGAGAAAAUCAACAAAAGUGCACAAAAUGGGCAGAAAGGCGGGCAAGCGGCACAAGCAUCACAAGAAUCAAAAGAAUUUUAAUGACUACGAAGUUUACCAAAGCCGCAAGCAGCAGCAGCAGCAGCAGCAGCAGCAGCAGCAGCAGGAGGAGCAGCAGCAACAGCAGCAACAGCAGCAACAAGAAAGAAGCGACAGCAUUGGCAACCACAGCAGCAGCGAGGCCAGCAACUACAAUAUAAUCAAGCAACACAAACACGAGCCGCAGCAGCAAAAGUUGGCAACGGCAUCGCAGCAGCAACAGCUGAAGGAACCCUUGCAGCACAUCUCGACUGCUGCUGUUAAUCAAGCAGCAAAGGAAACGCAUUAUCAACAGCAAUUGCCAACGCCUCAGCAGCAACAUCAGCACCAGCAACAGCAACAGCAUCAGCACCAGCAACAGCAUCAGCAGCAACAACAUUUACACGCCCAUCAGCAGCCGCACUCGACCAGCAAGAUUUUAAAUUUUCCCGAAAAUUUGCCAGCGCUACUUUAUUAUGACUACAAAACGGAGGAGCAUGAACAUCAUCAGCAUCAGCAUCAUCAGCAGCAUUUGCUGCAUGAAAAGCAACGAUUGCAACAACAGCAGCAGCUGCGACAGCAACAGCAACAGCAGCAACAGCAACAGCAAAAGAUAUUGCAAAAGGCGAACGCAGUUGUUGAACUCCACACUGUCUUGGGCAUUGAUAAAAACUUUGAUGAGGCGGAAACCGACAGCGAUAUUUUGCCCGAGCCACCAACCAAGCGACCAGCAACAGCAUUGACAACCAGCAGCAAUAGCAACGGCAAUGGCAACAGCAAUGGCAGGGCGACAACAAUGGCUUCUCCUGCAGUCGCAACAACAAUUGAAAUGAUGACAACGCCGCGCAGCCAACAAGCAGCAGCAGCAGCAGCCACAGCCACAGCCACAGCGGUUGCCAUUGGAAAUACAAAUCUGCAACAGGAUCAGGAAAUUGAGGAAGCUGACGAUGCAUUUCAUCGCUGGCUGACAUCGACGGAACUCAAUGUUGACAGCACAAAYACGCUCGACGAUAGCUUGACAGCAGCAGCAGCAUCAGAAGUAGAAGCAGAAGCAGCAUCAGCAUCAGCCGGAGCCGUCGGAGCAGCAGCAUCAGUUGCCGUUGAGCAGCAGGAAACACCAGCAUCAACAAUAAUCGAUGAUGUUGGCAUUAACAAAAGCAACAGCAACAGCAACAGCAGCAGCAGCAGCAGCAACAGCAAAGACAAUGGCAACAGGCACGGCAACAACAUAGCUGACAAUGCGGAUGCAGUGUUCUUUCGUAGCUCCUACAAUGAUUACAGCAGUGAAUUCAAUGGCAGCGUUGUCAAUAUUGACAUUACGCUAACUGCUGUCGAUGUGCAUCCACAGCGUCUACAACAACAGCAGCAGCAGCAGCACCAGCACUUGCCCAAAGCGCAAACGGAUUUAAUUGCAAAUGACAACCAAACGUCUGACGUGGGCGCAAGACAACAAACAACAAUGCAACCAACAGCAGCAGCCACAACAGCAGCAGCAGCAGCAGCGGCAGCAACAGCAGCGCCGCGGGUGCCCAUCACCAACAGCAGCGACGGCAGCAGGAGCAGCAGCAGCAAUCAGUAUGUGCCGCCCUACACGCUGACUACGAUUAUAACAACAGCGCCGCUGGCAACGGGGCGUAUGUGCAAUGUGCUUGGCAAAUUGUAUAAAAUUGGUGAAAUUCUGCCACAGGACACUGGCAACUGUUUGCAGUGCAUCUGCACGGAUGCGGUGACACCUGAUGAGCUGCCCAGCGUCACGUGCAGUCCGCACAACUGUCCGCCGCUCGUGCUGCCCGACCUCUUCGAUGCGACUGGUUACUGAGGUUACGGGUUUGUGCUGUAAGUUGUGAAUAAAAUCUGGCAAACAAAUAUAA